CGGGCUUUUUCAGGCAAAGUUCGGCCUUUUUAACUAAAAAGGCGUUUGUUAUGCUUGCCCAAACCCGCCUUAUUUUCGGGCCGGGCUAGUAGGUCAGGGCAAUGUUGAUCGCCUGCUCUACGGAAUAGUAGGUGAAUUUCAAAUGUGGCAAAACGUCCUAAUAAGACAAAAGGAAAUGACCACUAUACCCAUAAUAAAUGACUGAAAAGACUUUUAUACCCUCAUAAGUUUAAAAAAAAAAAAAAUGGCGAUGAGCAUAGCCCUGCCUAGUCCUAGUGCCUCCUUUCUCUGUGAGUUCUCCAUUGAAGUGCACUUAACAUCGCACUUGACGUUUUCCAUCGAGGCAUUGUAUCCCCCAUUGAAGCAGUUUCCGAGGUUAAACGAGGCGAACCCAAUCUGACAUGAUAUGGAUAUGAGGUUGAAACGUUGUACCAGCACCACUACUACCUUGCAAGAGGACGUUGAUAAUAGAAACCUUGAUAGACUUACUUGCCUAUCUGAUGAAUUGUUAAUUUAUAUAAUUUCUUCACUUCCUACUAAGGAUGCUGCUGCUGCUUGCGCCUCGUCUAAGAGGAUGAUUACCAAUAUAUUCCAUUCGCUUACUCACCUCAACUUUGAUGAUUCGCCUAUAAGUCAUUGUUCGGUGACACCCUAUGCAAUCGAACGUUUCCCCACUUUUGUCGCCUUUGUAGACUCCGUUCUCCAAUCAUACCACUCUCGCUAUCUUACAAGCUUUAGUCUCGGAGUGGGUGCGCCCUUUCUUGAGAGGUCCAGGGAUAAUCACAAGCAUAGAGAAUAUAGGUGUUGCAACGGCUUUUGUCCAGACUUGAAAUCCACGCAUAUUAAUGCGUGGAUUUCUUUUCCUUUAACCUUUUCUGGACUCAAGGAGCUCAACCUCCGUAUUCAUGUGAGGGAAGAAGGGGUUAUUCAGCUGCCACCAGAAGUUUUCAAGUGUGAGACAUUGGAGAUUUUGAAGCUUGAUACUAACCUUGGUCUUGAUCAAGCUUCAACCUAUACAUCCUUCCGUCUUCCUAGCCUGAAACUACUCUCCUUACAUGCUGCUAUGAUUCCCGACGAUGGCCUUGUGACAAGGCUUGUUUCAAGCUGCCCUAUACUUGAGGAUCUCACUUUGCUUGCAACUUGGAAACAUGCCUGUUAUAUAAGUAUCUCUUCGCCUUCUCUUCGGAGACUAUCUCUGGAAGUGUUGAACAAAUUUGAGGAGCAUCACAGCAGUGACUUGGUGCUUAUUCUUACUCCUAAUUUGGAGUAUCUUUACUACGGUGGUGAUUUAGCAUCACAUUACAACAUCAUAAACAUGGAUCGCCUUGUCAAAGCAGACCUUGUUAUUGAAAAUGACUCCUUGGAGAUUACAUUUGAGGUUUCUGGCCAAGUAAAACUCAGCCUUUUGAGGCCAUUGUCUAAUGUUCAGCAUUUGACUGUGAACGAUACAUUCUUAGAGGAAUUAAACCAUAAAGAGUUAAAGGAUCAACUGCCCGUGUUUUGUUAUUUGAAGUGUUUAGAACUGGGUUUCAAUGAAGGUAGCUUUUGGGAUAGUAUAUUGUUGGGAUUUCUUAAUCGUUCGCCUGUCUUGGAAACACUUGUAUUCCCUGAGGGAUUAACUGUAUAUCCUGAGUUAUAUGACGAGGAGGAACUUGCUUCAGAACAACAGUUUUGUAGAACAGCUCUGGUAGAUGUUCCUACAUGUUGCAGAUAUCAUCUUAAAAAAAUUGUGAUUAAAAAUUUCUUGGGAUAUGACAGGGAAAUAGAUUUGAUCCAGUUUUUCCUGACAAAUGCAUUAGUUCUGGAGAAUUUGGUCUUAUACCCGGAUCCCAGUGCAAAUGUAGAUCAAAUGAUGACAGUUCAGAGCACAUUGCAAAACUUACCGCGUGCCUCUGUCACCUGUUCAAUUCAAGUAGUGUAGAUUUGGAAGAAUUGCUCAAGCGCCUGAGCUUGAGUGCAAAUUGCAGAAGUUUCCAGCGGCCUCUGUCUCCUGCUGGAUUCAAGUAAUGAUCGAGGAAUUUGCACUGUCCUGAGAAAUGUUUAUCUUCUAUUUAUUUGCCCUGGUUUAUCUAUAUAUAUGUAAACAAUAUUUUGAUUAGUU